AUGGAAGAUGUCCGAAAGGGAUGGAGCACACAACAGGGUGAGAAGGAAGAGCAGGGGACGGAGCUCAGAGACAUCAGCCGUGGAGCCUCCAGACAGAAGCCACUAGAGUGGACCAGACCGUCCAGUGAUAAUGAAGGAGGAAGAAUGCCUGUGGUCAGUCCUGGGCAGUCAGUGUCGCUGUGCUGGGUGGCAGUGGACACAGUGGAGAACAGGAAGCCAGGGGUGUUUAGGAGAAUAAGGACAACUAGGAAGAGAGCCCAACAAAGACAAACGCUUCAGAAAUUUCAGUUAGGAACAGAGAAGGUCUUAUCAGAAGGCUGUCGCUCACAAGUCUACGUGCAAGAACACCAUGCAUCUGCAGAGAACAAGUCUCCAGAGGAAAAUGGACAUAACAAUGACAUUCAAAGAACACCACCACCUUGUGCCAGUAUAUCUCAUAAGUAUUUGACCCUGGCGUCCAGUCAGUGUGCUAAAUGGAGCUGCGGAUCACGCCCGAUCACCAUGAGUUCACUCAGCGCAGCCAACGCCAAGUUCACCCUGGACCUGUUGCCACACCUCGGGGCAGCGGCGGGCAACGUCUUCUACUCCCCGGUCAGCAUCACCUCGGCGCUGGCCAUGCUCUACCUCGGGGCCAAGGGAAACACUGCCCGGCAGAUUGAGAAGGUCCUUCACUUCGAUGAAAUCACAGAGAAAGCAACAGGAAAAUCUGCAGCCCUUCAUGCUGGAGAGUCAGGAAAUGUGCAUCAGCAGUUUCAAAAGUUCCUGACUGAAUUAAAUAAACCCAAUGACGCCUACAAGCUGGAGAUUGCCAACAGGAUCUAUGGAGAAAAGAAGUUUCAGUUUCUUCAGGAAUAUUUGGAUGGCCUUAAGAAAUUUUACCUGGCCAAUGUGGAAUCUCUUGACUUCCAAAAUGCUCCAGAAGAAAGUCGAAAGAAGAUUAAUUCCUGGGUGGAAAGCCAAACAAAUGGAAAAAUCAAGGACCUAUUUCCUAGCAAAACUCUUGGUGCAGACACUGUACUGGUUCUGGUGAAUGCAGUCUAUUUCAAAGGGCAGUGGGACCAUGCAUUUAAUAAGGAACAUACCACAGAAGCAAAGUUUCAUCUGAAUAAGAAUGUGAGCAAAUCUGUGCAGAUGAUGACAAAAAGCAGUUAUUUUCAUUUUGCCUUACUGGAGGAUGUGCAGGCCAAGAUCCUGGAAAUACCAUACAAAGGCAAAGAUCUGAGCAUGAUUGUGCUGCUGCCAAAUGAAGCAGACGGCCUGCAGAAGCUGGAAGACAAACUCACUGCUGAGAAAUUAAUGGAGUGGAGCAGCCUAGACAGGAUGCAGAUGACCUAUGUAGAUUUAUGCUUCCCUCGGUUCAAAGUGGAAGAGAGCUACAACCUGGAGGCCAUGUUGGAAGCCUUGGGGAUGGAGGAUGUCUUCAGUCCACUGAAGGCUGACCUCUCGGGCAUGACAGGGAGCCAGGGCCUUUAUGUGUCCAAAGCUGUGCACAAGUCCUUUGUGGAAGUGAACGAAGAGGGAACGCAGGCUGCUGCUGCCACGGGCAUAGCCAUUGAAGUCAAAGCCUUACCAGUGAGAGAAAGUUUCUGUUGUGACCACCCCUUCCUGUUCUUCAUCUGGCAAAAGAAGACCAACAGCAUCCUCUUCUUUGGCAGAGUCUCUUCCCCUGAAGCAUGAUCACUCUGUCUCUCUGUUGAGGACAGGUCCACAGAGCGAAAAGUAAACUGAGCCUGGAAACAACAGGUCCUUUUUAUUCCUUUUCCUUUCCGGCCUCAGUCACCACUAAGAAGUCAAUGGCUGAACUGCCUGUCUCUCUUUUUCUCUCUUUCUGCACACACUUAUGAACCAGCUCUUUUUUUUUCCUUAUAAAAAUUCCCUUGGGGAACAAAAUGUUCAAUGUAAAGAUUAAAAGACAAUUCUAUACCAUAUCUUCUAAAAUUUGACACAUGAUUGCUUGUGACCUAUUCUAGAUGAACCAAAGCAAAUCACACUUUCUCUUCAAGCCCAACAACCUAGACACCCACUUUUCCUUCAAUUUUGGUGAUA